AUGCAAUACUUGGGCGCAGGACAAGGAGCCUAUGAGCGUGAGGUAGUGAAGACCUAUGGCAGCUAUCGUUGCCGCCCUUGGUGCAUGGUCAUGCCAUGUCUCCUGCUCAUUUUGCCCAUUGGCAUGCUCUUCUGGCACUUCUGGCCCCGCGCGCAGCACAACCCGCCAGAUUGCAUCACCGACUUCCAUGACUGGCUGCGCCUCUGGACCGAGGAACGAAAGGCCUAUUGUUGCAAAACUGCCGGCCGUGCAUGUGGCGCGCAGCAGGGCGUCUACCGGACGCCUCCAGUCGUGUACAGGGGCGCCUCCUCUCGCCUCGCUGUUUGGGUCGACCUGCGCGGCCCUCGCGGCUUCGAAGAAGCGGCGGCCCGCGCUGUGCGCUGCGCUGCGCUGUGCGCGGUGCGCUGUGGCACCGGGGCGACCGUGGACGGUCGUCACGUCCCGAAGGGACGACGGCGGUUCAUGCGGUUCCUUUUGGACGUUUGUUCCGCCUCCUUCACCUCUGCGCCGCCGCUCCGGGCCCGCCAUGGCGGCACCAUGGCGUCACCGGCCGUGGCCUGCCGUGGCACAGGACGUGUCCGUGGCGUGGUGACGACGGGGCGUGGAGGGAGGGCCGACGACGGGGCCAAGAGCAUUUGUGAUACUUUAGUUGUUGGCAUCCACUCUGACCAAGAGAUCGCCGAAAACAAGUCGAUGCCUGUGAUGCGGCAAGAAGAGCGCUACCGCUUGCUGGAUCACAUUAAAUGGAUCGAUGAGAUUCUGUAUGAUGUUCCAUACUCCCCAGAGCUUGCGACUCUGGAGCGUGCCAGGGCAGAUUUCUGCAUCCAUGGAGAUGACAUGCCCGUGAACUCGCAGGGCUUCUGUGCCUAUGACGAGAUGCGCCACGCAGGGCGUCUACGCAUCAUCAAGCGUACCGAGGGUGUCUCCACCACUGACCUGAUCGGUCGGCUCUUGACCCUCUCGCGGAAUCAGCCCUCGGAUCUGGGCGGUGCCUCGCCCAAAAUGGGCUUCCGAAUGAGUGCGGAUGAGGUGAUCGCCCACUCAGCCCAAGCAAGUUCAGACACCUCUCAAGGCUCCCAAGGAAAACGGCUGCUUCGAGAAAGUGUGGAGAAGCUCGUGAGCAAGUAUCAGAUCAGCACGGAGGAUGCAACUGCCUUGCAGCAACAGAUUGACACUCGCCGGAUCCGGGAGUUUUCCUCGGCCAAGCAGCCGUCACCGCAGGAUUGCGUGGUCUAUGCCUGUGGUUCCUUUGACAUGUUCCAUGUGGGCCAUGCAGAGUUUCUGAAAGACGCCCGCGAGCUUGGCAGCUUCUUGUUGGUGGGAAUUCAUGACGAUGUGAGCAUCAGCCGGUCGAAGGGGCAGAACCUGCCCGUGAUGAACCUCAACGAGCGCGUGUUGAACGUGUGUGCCUGCAAAUGGGUCGACGAGGUGAUCAUCGGAGCUCCGAUGAGCGUCACGGAAGAUUUGGUCAAGACCUGGGACAUCAAUGUGGUGGCGAAAGGUACGGGCCACAAGCGGAAUGCGGGAGAGGAGCAGGAUCUUCGCUUUGAGGUACCCAAAAGCUCUGGCAUCUACAAGGAAGUCCCCUCUCGUUGGCCCGAGCUGUGCCACGACACCGUGGUGGAACGCAUCAUCCGCGGCCGGGAACAGCGACUGGACCGGGAACAGCGGCCGGCGACCGGUCCCCGAUGUCAAGACCAGGACCGCGCCAAGCGCGAGGACACGUACUACGAGAAGAAGCAGGCCUCGGUGGCCGAAGCGUAG